AUGCCUCAAAAUGAGUAUAUGGACAGGUGGAGAAAGCUUCACGGAAGGCGUCUAGACCAUGAGGAACGAAGUCGGAAGAGGGCGGCGAGAGAAGGCCACAAAGCUUCGGAGGACGCACAGAAGUUGACGGGCCUGCGCGCGAAGCUUUACGCCAAGAAGCGCCAUCAUGAGAAGAUACAGAUGAAGAAGCAGAUCAAGGCGCACGAAGAGAGAAAUGUCAAGUCGUCGGCCCCGAACGAGCCCUCAUCCACCCCGCUCCCGCAAUACUUGCUCGAUCGAUCGAAUCCCACGAAUGCGAAGGCCUUGUCCUCUGCGAUCAAGAAUAAGAGAGCUGAGAAAGCAGCGAAGUUUAGCGUACCUUUGCCUAAGGUCCGCGGGAUUGCCGAGGAGGAGAUGUUCAAGGUGGUGAAGACCGGGAAGAAGACUGCUAAGAAGGGAUGGAAGAGAAUGAUCACCAAGCCAACGUUUGUGGGGCCCGAUUUCACAAGACGGCCCGUAAAGUACGAGCGCUUUAUUCGACCCAUGGGAUUACGUUACAAGAAGGCAAACGUCACGCACCCUGAACUUGGAGUAACGGUGCAAUUACCCAUUAUAAGCGUCAAGAAGAACCCACAGAAUCCGAUGUAUACGCAACUCGGCGUUCUGACGAAAGGAACAAUUAUCGAGGUGAACGUUUCUGAGUUAGGUCUCGUAACAGCCGGUGGGAAAGUGGUCUGGGGGCGGUGGGCCCAGAUCACUAACAACUGCGAGAACGAUGGUUGCGUCAAUGCUGUUCUCCUUGUCUGA